AUGAAGAACCGUUCAUAUGCUACUCGCACUCCGUACACGGACAAGCCUUGGCUUCGAGCCGUCCUAAUAGGCUCCACUUUUGCCGCCACGAUUCUUUUGGUCACCUUUCAUCAGCGAAACCCCAGUAAUCGCCGUUCACUUCUCUGCUCCGAUGAGGAUGGCAUCGCUGCCACCGCAACCCAUCUCCAAACCAUUGUCCACUACGCCACGUCACGGACGGUUCCUCAGCAAUCCAAAGCAGAAAUCAGCGUCAGCUUCGCCGUCCUCCAAGCCAUCGCCCCAUGCAACUUCCUUGUAUUCGGUCUAGGCCAUGAUUCCCUCAUGUGGGCCAGCCUAAAUCCACGUGGCACAACAGUAUUCCUUGAGGAAGACCCCAAGUGGGUCCACGGAAUCCUUCAAAACGCUCCUUCCUUGCGCGUCCAUACAAUUGACUACCACACACGCCUCUCCGAUGCGGAUUACCUCCUCUCCACUUAUAAGUCCAACAAGGAUUGUGCUGCCUCUAACGUGAGCCUCAAGGUUAACACCCGAUGCAAGUUAGCACUCAGCGAGUUGCCGGAUUCAAUGUACGAUACGGAGUGGGAUGUAAUAAUGAUCGAUGGGCCGAGAGGGUAUUUUCCGGAGACUUCGGGGAGGAUGACAGCGAUAUACACGGCGGCAGUGAUGGCGCGUGCACGAACGCAACCUGGGGUGACGCAUGUUUUCUUGCAUGAUGUAAACAGAAAGGUCGAGAAGGUUUAUGCGGAGGAGUUUUUGUGUAGGAAGUAUUUGGUUAAGGCUAUUGGAAGGCUUUGGCAUUUCGAGAUACCUCCUACUGAUGUCAGUAGGAGAGAUGGUAAUUUUACUUUUUGUUAAUACUGAUUAUGACUAUUUGGUUAUGGUUUCAUGAAAUUAUUCAACAAAUCAAAUUGGGUUUUCUACCAAUUUCUUAGAUAAUUUACUGUUAGAAUGGAGAAAAAUCUGGAAUUAUCAAAUUGGC